ACUUUAUUUCCAGCCUUGUUAUCAUGUAUAAUGUCUUUUCUUCCAGUCUUUUUCUCUCAGUACAUCCACACUUCCCAGGGCUAGAGAACCCUCUGUUCAGAAGCUGAACAGCCAUGACCUUUGCUGAAGAGAAGACUUAUAAGUAUAUCUGCCGUAAUCACAGCAGUUUUUGCCGGGUGGAUGUUCUGGAGAUUCUGCCCUACCUACCCUGCCUUACAGCCAGCGAUCAGGAUCGCCUGCGGGCCUCCUAUGCGCGUCUGGGGAACCGGGACACACUCUGGGAACUCUUCAAUAGCCUUCAGCGGCGGACUGGCUGGGUGGACUUCUUCAUUGGGGCAUUGAACGCCUGUGAACUGUCUGUGCUUGCUGGACAAGUGGCCAGUGUCUACCAUAGCUACUUGCCUCGAGGAGCCCCGGCCCACUCUCCGGCCCCACCAGAGGACCCAGCAGUUCCUGCCAAGAUUUCAAGAGCCUCUGAAUCUGCUACAGCCCACAGCAGACCCCACAAUGGCUACCAAGGGGAGGCAGGUUACCCCAUGCCUGUCCAGGACACCCAGCCGCCAAAAUCCCCAGGAGAGAGUUCAGAGCAGGCCCAUGAAUCUGGGGCCAUCCAGAGGAAUUCCAGUGGCUCCUCCAGUGGACCAUCAUCUAACUUGCCGGUCCUCAACCCUGUGGCCUCCAGCAGACAUCAGGACCAGGCCCCAGAACUGAGCAGCACUCACACAGCAGGUACUGCCACCAGUCCCAUACCAACUCGUGGGCCUGUGUCUCCAACUGUCUCCUUUCAGCCCCUGGCCCGUGCCAGGGCAAGUCGCUUGCCUGGGCCUGCGGGGUCAGCUCCAUCUGCUGGCAACUCCUCCCUUUCCUUGACUUCUGGCUUGGCUUCUACAAAGGGAGCUAGUGAUGCAGAGGUACCUGGCAACUCUGUGACUACCAACCCAGUGCCUCCUCCUACCACCCAGAUGCCUGUGAACACCAUGGCUUCCAAAGUGCCUUCUACCCCAACAGCUGCCAGUACAGGGCCUUCCAAGCUGCCCACCAGCUCAAAGACCCCUGGUGCAAUGCCCCCUAAUAUGCUCACCCAUCUAGCACCAUCCAAGUUGCCCAUCAACCCAACACGUGCUGGCACAACACUACCCAAAGUGCCUGCUAGCAUUGGGCCCUCAAGCAAGAGCAACAACAGAGCCAAGGGGACCCCAGAGGCAUCAGCACCCACAGCUGCCUUUGGAGGCAGUUCACUCUGCCCAGACAGAAGCUUAGGGUCAGAGGUGAGCAAGCCGGGUGUGCUGCUGUCCCAGCUGGACCAGCCGUUCUCAGGAUGCUCUGAGGACCUCGCCAUCAGCCCCAGCAGCUCCCUGAGCUGCUCUGAGGACCUCGCCAUCAGCCCCAGCAGCUCCCUGAGCUCAGAAUCCAAUCACGGGCCACAGCCCAGCCGCGGCCCUGAGGAGGAUGAGUAUGUGUCUUUUAGGCUGAACAUAAACAAGGAUCCCAGCGUUGACCUCCAGGCAGGGAUGCUGGAGCAGCCAGCUAUCCCACAACCCCCAGAAGAGGAAGUACACUGUGUGGGGACUGAUUCCUGGGCUAUGUGGCUUGGAGUAGCCGGGGUUGUGGUGACAGUUCUAGCUGUGUUUCUGGCUGUGAAGAGGCGCCUGCCCCAGUGAAGCCUCAGUCUCAAGCCCACGUGGUGCCACUCACCUGCUUUGUUCCCCAGAGCUCUUUCUCCUGGCUGGGUGGGCAUGGGCUGAACCAAGGGGGGGGGGAGCUCAAGGUCCAGGGGUCUGAUGGGAGGCCCCACUGAAUCCUGCCAGUAGAUGGGUCUUAGCUCACACCAUGUGCAUGUCCCUCACCACCUUUGGCUUUCCAGGCUUUGGGUUUUCCCUGGUGCUUUCAGACCUGUUCACCUGGCAGUGUGGGUUGUCACCCUGGGUGCUUCUGAGUUGCCACCCAACCAGGUCUCAUCCCUUGCUCAGGUCCCCAGUGGCUAUGGAACAAGUGUGCUGAGUAAGGGGAACCCCACAAGACCUAUUCCCAUCUUGCUGUCCAGUCUGGUGCCUUAGCACUGGAGCUGGGGGAGCAGUGAUGUGACUGGUCUCCAGGGUGGGCCAGCUGCUUUGGAUACCCUAGCAGACCCGAAGGAGGGAAGAGGCAGCUGCUUCUUCCUGGUGCCAGGAAGACUUCUGGAUGUUCCUCCAGCCUCCUCACACCCUGGCUCUCCUCUCGCACCCUCCUGAUGUCCCUUCCCCUUGUUUCCUUUGGUUGGGGAGGGACACCUAGUGCACAGAACCCAGACAAAGUUCUGCAUUUCUGGGCUGGCCUGAGCAGAUGUCCAGAUGUGGGUGUGAAACUCUAGCUAAUUCUUCACUGGGUUCUUUUGAGGUCGAAGUAUGAAGGUGUUUGCCAAGUGCCGUGCCCAGAGGAGGAAUGUUUCUCUUUCCUCCCUCCUGCCCAGCCUGGUCAAGCUGACAGCUUGAGAGGCAGAGCACAUAAGAGUGCGCUCUGCAGGAGGCAGCUUUGCCUGCAUCCUCAUUCACCUCUCACUGGCUCUGUGAUCCCAGGCAAGAUAUUAACCAUUCUGUGCCUCAUUUUUCUCACUGCUAAGUGUGUGUGUGUGUGUGUGUGUGUGUGUGUGUGUGUGUGUGUGUACGCGUACAUG